CAAUUUUUUUUGAUGAUAUCCGAGCCCCUGAAGGAUGACUUUAUCCAUGAUAGUAUCGAAACACCGACACGUGGAUACAGAUGGCUUGGGGUGGUACAAAACUUAUUUAUUACAGACAAGACAUGUUCUCGGCUAUCGUAUUCUAAGCAACAGUUUCCUUUCACAGUGACAAGUAUUUUUAAUAGCCGUCACCAUAUAAACGCUAGUUACCUAGGAGAGAGAAAGAAGUGUUCUUUCUUCCGGAUGGGUAAAACAUUCUGGCUGUUGUGGCUAUUCACUAUCGCAACACUGGCCGGUGCCUUACCAGUCUCCUUUGAUGAUAAUUCGAUACCUGGCAACCAAGCAGAAAUGACGGACAUAAUAACGAACACAGAAUUCUCGGUCGACUUGAACCUUUUCUCGCAACUUCUAUCCACUCAUCUGUUGUUUGAUCAUCUCGAUAACACCUUAAACUUACUGUCAAAGAAGAUUUCUCGUCAUUUCCAGGAGGCGAUCCACAUUACCGUCAAAGUGCGCAAUGUCGAUCCCGGUUCCAGUACCUCUGUGGAUAUGCAGAUACUUGAAGGCCAACUCAAAGGUGCCGUCGGUUCAUACAUUGAAGAUCAGCUCCCAGAAUUGUGGAAUCUGCAUACAUCAGCCCUGGAUAAGAUCGCAUUGCAGUCUUAUAUUGAGCAAAUAGCAUUGCAGCUAUGCAACGUCGAACCAUCGUCUUCCACUGUUCCUUUUCACACGGAUAAUACGCAAUACGUUACGCGGAUGAACUUUGUAUCGAACACCUGCCUUACCCAACACUCACAUCAAUUCUUGUCAUCUCUCGACCGUUACAUCGGCAACAAUAUCAAAUAUUCCAUGACAGAUAUGAUUAAGGACGAUCUUCCUAACCUAUACGAAUCAACACGCAUUCAAGUGCAAGGGAUUCUCAACCACUUUAAUGAAUUUCUAGUGUCAACGAACCAACUUGAAUUAUCCCAGGAUCAAGUCCCGGCCACCAUCGAUACUCACUGGCUGGACUCUCCGGCCGAGAUGGACGAAAUUCUCCAAACUGUCGAUCACUGGGCACAAUCUGUCAAGGACAAAGAUGCGUUUUUGCACUCUGUAGAUCAUUUUACUUGGCUCGCACGUGCAUUGUAAAAGCUCCAACCACACCAAUCAACUUACCUGACCUUACGCUCGUUUCUCUAUUACGUUCCUUCAAAAUCUCUGCUUCUCUUUGGGUUCCCUUCCCCCUUCCCUGCAUUGUAUAUAUUGCAACACCCUUUUUCCAUACACUCAUUUUCCAUCUGUCAUUCUUCUGAUACCUAGUAAAAUGUCCAAUGUUACCAUCGCAUCUCUCAUAUAGUUCACC